AGAAGAGGAGUUACUAACAAAUUUGUACCACCUAUAGCAAACGACAAUGAUAAAUCUGCUUGGAAUUCUAGUCCUCCCAAAGAAGUUGGUGGUGAAAUAGAUCCCAGAUUACAACAUAUUGACCCUAAAAUGGUCGAGUUAAUUAGAAAUGAAAUAAUGGACACAGGGAAUAAAAUAGGUUGGGAUGACAUUGCCGGUCUUGAUUUUGCAAAAUCCAGUAUUCAAGAGUCUGUAGUUUGGCCGCUGUUGAGACCUGAUAUCUUUACUGGUCUCAGGAGGCCUCCGAGAGGUAUCUUAUUGUUUGGACCUCCUGGUACUGGAAAAACACUCAUAGAUUUAAGAUGUACUCGUAUAUGUAUAGAUGAGCAGCCUUCGGAUUUAUUUGCAAACGGCAGCAUGAGGGUCACUGAUAUUAUGUUUGCGAAAGAGUCUAGCACAAUGCAUUGCAUAGAAUAA